AUGCGACUGGAGGCGCUUGAGGAGCAGCAGCAGCUUGCUGCAGUGCAGCGGCUGGAAGCCUCUGGACAGAGCGACGAAGUUGUUGAUUUGCUGCUGAAGUUAAAAAAGAAGUAUUCAUUGGGUAGUUUUUGUCAGAGGCAGACACUGCGCACCCUGAGCAGCUGCCUAGACACCGCAAAUGCUGCAGCAAUUGUAAGAAAAGGUGAUGCUGCAGCCCUCUGCCGUCUGCUGCAGCAGCAGCAGCAGCAGAAGCAGCGGCAGCAGCAGGAGCAGGCGUUCCCGCUGCUGCAGCGGACGGUGCAGGAGCAAAUCGAGCAGCAACAACAGCAGCAGCAGCAGCAGUAUCUGCAGCAUGAAGGAGCAGCAGCGUGCAAAGAGACAGACUGGCAGCAGCUUAUUCAGAAGCUCGAUGAGAAUAAAAUAAAAACAUUAAUUAAAUUUGCUGCUGAGUGGGUGACGGAACCACCAAUGGCUGCAGCAGCACACACAUUGCUGCACUUGCUGCUGCGCAGCAGACGCAUUAAUCAAAUCCUAGACUUAGAAACAAACAGCAGCAGCAGCAGCAGCAGCAGCAGCAGCAGCAGCAGCAGCAGCAGUUUGUGGGGUAUGAGGAGAAAAGUGUUGAUUGGAGGCAGACCAGCAGAAGAUGUGUUAAAAAGUUUAGUUGUUAUAUCAACAAGACAAGAGAAGAGGCUGCAAGGUUUACUACAAAAGUCAUAUCUUCUUGAUUUGCUGCUGCCAACUGCUGCUGCAGUGCAGCACGAAAUGCAGCAGUUGCUGCUGCCCCUCCAGCAACAGCAGCAACAGCAGCAGAAGCUGCAGCAAACCCAGCAAAUGCGCAGCGCAGGAAAGAAACAUGCAGCAGCAGCAGCAGCAGCAGAAACAGGAGUGGGAAAAAAGAAACGAAAAAUUCAGCAGCAGCAGCAGCAGCAGCAGCAGCAGCAGCAAAACGAGCAGCAGCAGCAGCAGCAGCAGCAGCAGCAGGAGUUGCUGCUGAG